AUGGUGUAUGUCAUUUCCUCCAAAAAAUGAUAUUUUAAUGCGCGAAAACAAAAAGUAAAGGCGCAAGGAAUUCAACACAUUGGUCUCGCAGCGUGUUUGUUUGUGUGUACUUCUCACGGACGAGUGGCGUCAAAAAUUUUUUUCGUUUUUUUUUCGUUUGUUUUGUUUUUUCCACGUUUUAUCGGAAAAAUCGAGUGUUCAAAGCUGCGAAAAGUUUAUAAAACAUGUUCCCCGCCUAGGAGCAAGUAGAAAAUUCCAUCGUAACUUUGAAAUUCACCCAUUAAACAUGAUUUUAGGCCAAAAAUUAAAAAUUUCUGAGUUUUCAAAUGUUAGAUAGCAAAACAAGGCUAUUUUCAGUUUCAUUCAAGAAAAUCAACAUUUGAAUGGGUUUCGAUUGAAAAUUCCUUCUCAGAGUUAGAAAUUGAAAUGCCUUAUGUCUAAUUUCUUCAUUCUCGUGUUUCUCAUACGUUAUAAUUCACUCGUUAUACGAUUUUUAGGGCUUGCUCCAAAAAGAAGGCUUUCGCCAAGUGCGCCAAUGAACGGCAAGAUGAAAAUGGAAAGAAACUCAUCGAAGCCAACUUGACAUCGAUUCGUGUCACACACACAGGUUUGUUGACUUGAAUAUGAAAGGUUGAAUUAGAAUGGUUCUUCAUUUUCAGAUGAAGGUCGUCAACUGUCAAAAGAAGGUGCAUUCGGUCGAAAUCCGAAUCAACGGAGGAACCAUCGCUCAAAGGUCGACUGUACUUGUGAGCACCUAGAGAAGCAAUUUCCAGUUAGAAGUGUCUUCGCGGUGCUGGUCAACGCAUGGUGAGUGAUUUUUUUGAAAAAAACUACGUAGAUGCGCUGUAGUUGGAAAGCGAGUUGAUUUUGAGUCAAUCAAUCAAUCAAGAACUUUUCGUGAUGGAUGGAGUUUUCAAAUAUGGUUAUCGCGUUGGUUUAGAUGUUGAAUUUUGGAUGAGAUGAUUGUUGAAAUGGUGUUAUUGGUUGAAACUGACCAAUUUCAUCAACUACUAAUCUCAUCAUUUCAACAAGUCACCAGUAUAGUUCGAUUAGCGCCAAUGUUCGCUAUCGAGUAUUCACCAUCUCAACCAAAAACAUAGAAAUCUCUGAAAACUCACAUCCACCACGAGAUAAUCGACCAUAGAAGUCGAGUCGAUAAAACCCAUCGACUCAAGUUGACUUGACAACAAAAAUACAAAUUGCAAAAUAUUUUGUCUAACUCUAUUCAUUUCCAGAACUCAUACCAACACUCGUCUUCAUUAAUUGGACAUCAAAUCAGCUCAAAAUGCAUUGGAAGCAACUACUUUGUCGGACGGAUGCAUCGCCUCUAGAAAUCUAUGUUCGAAAUCGAAACUAG